AUUGUUUCUGUUCCCAAGAAAGCUAAGGUAACUGAGCUAAACGACUACCCGUAGCACUCACCUCCGUCAAUUAUUUGAGGAACAGAACAGAAAACGAAAGUGAUCUAUACUGUUCCUGGGCAGAACUGUUAUUUUGAAAGCAUGGGAACUGGUUAAUAACUUCAUUUUAAGUUCCAAGCGCCUACACAAAGCCCUCAGUCUGUCACUCAGAAAUGUAUUCCAGCAUCUGCCUGCCAGCUGGAAAUGAUUGCCGGUGUUUGUGUGUAAGCUACCUGUCUCUCCCCUCUGAAGCAUAGGUUACUGUAGCCUACAGAUGAGAUUAGAAGAGUAAUUCAGAAAUUAGGGAGAGAUGUUAAUUAGAGAAGAAUGGAUUGCCUUUUUCUGUGCUAGUUAAGGAUACUGUAGUUAAUUUUGUAACUACAAAAAGUGAAGAUGUUUUUAAUUAUAGUACUGCUCUGCACACAAAAGCUUUGGUCAAAAGUGGGGAGGCAGGAGCAGCAUUCUCAAACAGUAAUCUGUGCCACUCAAUCAUUUUGUCAACAGGGCAUUGUUUAUCUUCCAGAAAUCUCUUUUCCAUAAAAUAAAUGUUUGAAUUUUUCAUUGGGAAAGCAGAUAAAGCAUUUCUAUAAAAAGCUAUCACUUUUGCAUGGGAAAACACAGAAUCCUAUUUUUUAUUUUUAUUAUUUCACCUUUAUUUAACCAGGUAGGCUAGUUGAGAAUAAGUUCUCAUUUACAACUGCGACCUGGCCAAGAUAAAGCACAGCAGUUCGACACAUAAAACAACACAGUUACACAUGGAAUAAACAAAUGUACAGUCAAUAAUACAGUAGAAAAAAGAAAAAUCUAUAUACAGUGAGUGCAAAUGAGGUAAGAUAAGGGAGGUAAGGCAAUAAAUAGGCCAUGGUGGCGAAGUAAUUACAAUAUAGCAAUAAGACACUGGAAUGGUAGAUGUGCAGAAGAUGAAUGUGCAAAUGGAGAUACUGGGGUGCACAAAAAGCAUGAUAAAUAAAUACAUUAUGGGGAUGAGGUAGUUGGAUGGGCUGUUUACAGCUGGGCUAUGUACAGGUGCAGUGAUCUGUGAGCUGCUCUGACAGCUGGUGCUUAAGGCUAGUAAGGGAGAUACUGGUCUCCAGCUUCAGUGAUUUUUGCAGUUCAUUCCAGUCAUUGGCAGCAGAGAACUGGAAGGAGAGGCGGCCAAAUGAGGAAUUGGCUUUGGUGGUGACCAGUGAGAUAUACCUGCUGGAGCGCGUGCUACGUGUGGGUGCUGCUAUGGUGACCAGUGAGCUGAGAUAAGGCGGGGCUUUAUCUAGCAGAGACUUGUAGAUGACCUGGAGCCAGUGGGUUUGGCGACGAGUAUGAAGCGAUGGCCAGCUUCCAAUUUGUUGAGUAGAGUGUUGGAGGCGAUUUUAUAGAUGACAUCGUCAAAGUCGAGGAUCAGUAGGAUGGUCAGUUUUACGAGGAUAUGUUCGGCAGCAUGAGUGAAGGAUGCUUUGUUGCGGAAUAGGAAGCCGAUUCUAGAUUUAAUUUUGGAUUGGAGAUGCUUAAUGUGAGUUUGGAAGGAGAGUUUAUAGUCUAGACAGACACCUAGGUAUUUGUAGAUGUCCACAUAUUCUAAGUCAGAACUGUCCAGAGUAGUGAUGCUGGACGGGUGGAAGGAGAGUUUACAGUCUAGCCAGACACCUAGGUACUUAUAGAUGUCCACAUAUUCAAGGUCGGAACCAUCCAGGGUGGUGAUACUAGUCAGGCGUGCGGGUGCAGGCAGCGAAUGGUUGAAAAGCAUGCAUUUGGUUUUACUUGCAUUUAAGAGCAGUUGGAGGCCACGGAAGGAGAGUUGUAUGGCAUUAAAGCUCGUCUGGAGGUUAGUUAACACAGUGUCCAAAGAAGGGCCAGAAGUAUACAGAAUGGUGUUGUCUGCGUAGAGGUUGAUCAGAGAAUCACCAGCAGCGAGAGCGACAUCAUUGAUGUGUACAGAGAAGAGAGUCGGCCCGAGAAUUGAACCCUGUGGCACCCUCAUAGAGACUGCAAGAAGUCCGGACAACAGGCCUUCCGAUUUGACACACUGAGCUCUAUCAGAAAAGUAGUUGGUGAACCAGGCGAGGCAGUCAUUUGAGAAACCAAGGCUGUUGAGUCUGCCAAUAAGAAUGUGGUGAUUGACAGAAUCAAGAGCCUUGGCCAGGUCGAUGAAUAUGGCUGCACAGUAAUGUCUCUGAUCGAUGGCGGUUAUGAUAUUGUUUAGGACCUUGAGCGUGGCUGAGGUGCACCCCAUGACCAGCUCUGAAACCAGAUUGCAUAGCGGAGAAGGUACAGUGAGAUUCUAAAUGGUUGGUAAUCUGUUCAUUUUCUUGGCUUUCGAAGACCCCAGAAAGGCAGGGUAGGAUAGAUAUAGGCAUGUAGCAAUUUGGUCUCGAGUGUCUCCCCAUUUGAAGAGGGGGAUGACGGCAGCAGCUUUCCAAUCUUUGGGAAUCUCAGACCAUACGAAACAGAGGUUGAACAGGCUAGUAAUAGAGGUUGCAACAAUUUCGGGAGAUAAUUAAAAAAAAUAGAGGGUCCAGAUUGUCUAGCCCGGCUGAUUUGUAGGGGUCCAGGUUUUGCAGUUCUUUAAGAACAUCAGCUAUCUGGAUUUGGGUGAAGGAGAAAUGAGGGGGGCUUGGGCGAGUUGCUGUGGGGAGUGCAGGGCUGUUGACCAGGGUAGGGGUAGCCAGGUGGAAAGCAUGGCCAGCCGUAGAAAAAUGUUUAUUGAAAUUCAAGUAUAGUGGAUUUAUCGUUGGUGACAGUGUUUCCUAGCCUCAGUGCAGUGGGCAGCUGGGAGGAGGUGCUCUUAUUCUCCAUGGACUUUACAGUGCUUAAUUACUACACGUGCUUAAUUUUGUCACUUUUGUUUUGAGCCAACAUCUCAGUAGGCUUUGAAUUGGGACCUGGCUCAUGCCCUGGUGGCAACCUGGAUCCAAAUCCAAUCAACUUUCAGCCGAUGCAAAACAUGCCUACACGGGCGUGAUAAUUCAAACCUGCUCAGCAUGAUUAAACCAUGAUGUUACUUCAAAAUACAAUUUGCUUUUAACUACUUUCCUAUACGUAUUAAAUCGCUUACCUGCUCCACAGCAAGCUGCUCUAUCUGAUUGGUGAAGUAGUUUAAUGUUCAGCUAAAUGUAAAAAAAAUAUAUAUAUACUUCAGAGGUUUAACAAGAAACAGAAAGGAAUGAUAUAAACCAGAACUUGUUGUUGUUAGAACCGGUUCAGAACUUAAUUUUGCUGGUCGGAACAGUGGAACUGAAUUUAAAAAGAAUGGUUCUGUUCAGAAUGAAAUGAUUGGAAAAUAAUUUGUUCCAAACCCUGGUUAUAAUUGAUAAAGUUAGGAUAGCCUGAACAUGUUAUUUGGUUGGUGUCUCUAGCUUGAACAGAUCAAGAGUUACUGUUGUUGUGAUAUUUUGUGCUAAUUCAUUUUUGUAUAGUUUAUAAAGGUUUUAGAGAAUUUGAAGUUAGGAUAGCCUGAACAUUUUAAAGUUGUCUUAUAGCUUGAUUAACGAAGGAGCAGGACAAUUUUGAAUAGCAACCAGUGUAUUCCUAUGGUUCUCAUUCAAACCCAUGUUAAUUUAUGCAAAUGGUUAAAGUUCCAAAAGUAUACAUUGUAUCAAAUAUCCUUUGACAAGCAAUCUAAGUUGGGCCAGUGUGAAUAUCUCAACAAUACUUGUGCCAGGCCAAGAGUAAAAAUCCAAAGAUCCGUAGGCAGAGAAGGAUUCACCAAUUUCUCUAAAAUGUGAAGUUAGUGAAAUAGAAGUUUUAAUAGAUUCAGGGCAGCUCACCGUUCGUGAGCCAUUCAUGGCUAAACAACGUGAGUGCUACGGGGCUUUAUUCAUUUAGGUAGGUUACCCUUGCAUUCUUGGGCACAGGGACUAUGGUGGUUUGCUUGAAACACGGGCAUUACAGACUCGGUCAGGGAGAGUUUGACAAUGUCAGUGAAACACUUGCCAGUUGGUCUGCGCAUGCUGAGUACACACCCUGGUAAUCCAUCUGGCCCUCCGGCCUUGUGAAUGUUGACCUGCUUAAAGGUCUUGCUCACAUCGGUUACAGAGAAGGUGAUAUCACAGUCAUCCGGAACAGCUGGUGCUCUCAUGCAUUCUUCAUUGUUGCUUGCCUUGAAGCGAGCAUAGAAGGCACUUACUCGUCUGGUAGGCUUGCGUCACUGGGCAGCGCGUGGCUGGGUUUCCCUUUGUAGUCCGUAAUAGUUUGCAAGCCCUGCCACAUCCGGCCAGCGUCAUAGCCAGUGUAGUAGGAUUCAAUCUUAGUCCUGUAUUCACACUUUGCCUGUUUGAUGGUUCGUCUGAGGGCAUAGCGGGAUUUCUUAUAAGUGUCUGAAUUAGUGUCCUGCUCCAUGAAAGCGGCAGCUCUAGCCUUUACCUCGAUGCGAACACUGCCUGUAAUCCAUAGCUUCUGGUUGGGAUAUGUACUUACGGUCACUGUGGGGACGAUGUCGUCAAUGCACUUAUUGAUGAAGCCGAUGACUGAGGUGGUAUACUCAAUGCCAUUGGAUGAAUCACGGAACAUAUUCCAGUCUGUGCUAGCAAAGCAGUCCUGUAGCGUAGCAUCCGCGUCAUCUGACCACUUCCGAAUUGUGAGUCACUGGUACUUCCUGCUUUAGUUUUUGCUUGUAAACAGGAAUCAGGGGGAUAGAAUUAUGGUCAGAUUUGCCAAAUGGAGGGAAGGCUUUGAAUGCAUCUCUGUGUGUGGAGUAAAGGUUGUCUAGAGGUUUUUUCCCCUCUGGUUGCACAUGUAACAUGCUUAUAGAAAUUAGGUAAAACAGAUUUAAGUUUGCCUGCAUUAAAGUCCCAGGCCACUAGGAGCGCCGGUUCUGGAUGAGCAUUUUCUUCUUUGCUUAUGGCCUUAUGCAGCUCAUUGAGUGCGGUCUUAGUGCCAGCAUCAGUUUGUCGUGGUAAAUAGACGGCUACGAAUAAUAUCGAUGAGAACUCUCUUGGUAGAUAGUGUAGUCUACAGCUUAUCAUGAGGUACUCUACCUCAGGCAAGCAAUACCGCAAGACUUCUUUAAUAUUAGACAUUGCGCACCAACUGUUAUUGAAAAAUAGACACACUUCCCCGCCCCUCGUCUUAACAGACGUAGCUGCUCUGUCCUGUCAGUGCACAGAAAACCCAGUCAGCUCUAUAUUAUCCGUGUCGUCGUUCAGCCAUGACUCGGUGAAACAAAAUAUAUUACAGUUUUUAUUGUCCUGUUGGUAGGAUAGUCUCAACCGCAGAUCGAGUUUUCCAGUGAUUGCACGUUGGCCAAUAGAACCCGAUGGUAAUGGUGAUUUAUUCACUCGCUUAUUAAUCCUAACAAGGCACCCCGACCUUCUCCCUCUGUAUCUCCGCCUUUUCUUCACGCAAAUGACUGGGAUUUGGGCCUGGUCUCCGGAGUGUAGUAGAUCCUUUGUGUCGGACUCAUUAAAGAAAAAAUCUUUGUCCAGUUCGAGGCCUCCGUCACUCUUGACCAUCCAACUGUGCAUAUCCUAAAUGGAAAACAUAGUAUAUUACUAAUCACAUUAAUACAGGAGGGUGAAGAAAUUUGGCUUGUCACCAAAAGCACUCACGAGCUUCUACAGAUGCACAAUCGAGAGCAUCCUGUCGGGCUGUAUCACCGCCUGGUACGGCAACUGCUCCGCCCACAACCGUAAGGCUCUCCAGAGGGUAGUGAGGUCUGCACAACGCAUCACCAGGGGCAAACUACCUGCUCUCCAGGACACCUACACCACCCGAUGUCACAGGAAGGCCAUAAAGAUCAUCAAGGACAACAACCACCCGAGCCACUGCCUGUUCACCCUGCUAUCAUCCAGAAGGCGAGAUGGAGUUUUGGUAUAGGUAUAAGAAUCUAAAUCCUUGCCACUACAACCCAUGUAAGAAUGGAGGAAUCUGCACCAUCGAUCGGGAUGGAUACCUCUGUCUGUGUCCCCCACGCUACGAUGGGAAAACCUGUGCAAUAGAGGUGUUUGAGUGCCAGUUUAAGAAUGGCGGCUGUCUGCAUUACUGCACCAACCAGGAGCGCACCACAGGGGUCCAGUGCAGCUGUGCAGAGGGCUACCAGUUAGAUGAGGACGGCAAGACCUGCUCUGAAGCAGUGGCGUUCCCUUGUGGGAAGAAGCAGAGUGAGGCUUCCCUGCAUCGCUCUCUGCUGGACGAGUCCGAGGCCUUGACCCUCCACAACUCUGACGGGAACCUCAACAUCUCCAUGGAGGUAGAAGGGAACUCAACCUCCAGACUGUCUGGGAUUAACUCAACCCAGCCAGGUGGGAACAGCACUGAAUACAUGGAGGGUGUUAAUGAAGACAACCGGAUAGUGGGAGGACAGCUGGAGAGGCAGGGUGGAAGCCCAUGGCAGGUCAUGCUCUGGAGGGAGGAUGGGUAUGGCUUCUGCGGGGGAACUCUGAUCAGUCAGCGGUGGGUGGUCAGUGCCGCACACUGCAUGCAGGAAACCCCUGACCAUGUGACUAUCGGGGACUAUGACAAGCGACGUCCCGAUCCAAACGAGCAGAAGAUCAAAGUGGCGAAGGUCGUCGUCCACCCUCACUUCCAUGACUACACCUUCGAUAGCGACAUUGCUCUCGUCUACCUCUCUGCCCCUGUGGCGCUGAGCCCUGUGGCGGUGCCUGCCUGCCUUCCCAAUGGUCAGCUGGCCCACCACCUCCAGAGGGAAGAUGUGAGGGGCUUGGUCACAGGCUGGGGCGCCACACAGUACCUGGGGCGCUCCUCACGCUUCCUGAGGAAAGUCGCUCUGCCCGUGGUCGACCAGCAGAAGUGCAUCCGCUCCACGGAGCAGGUCAUCACAGACAACAUGUUCUGCGCGGGCUACCUGGAGGCCAGCUUGGAUGCCUGCAGUGGGGACAGUGGGGGUCCCUUUGUGGUCAACUACCGCGGGACCUGGUUCCUCACAGGGGUGGUGAGCUGGGGGGAGAAGUGUGCCGCCAAGGGGAAGUAUGGCAUCUACACCCGGCUAGGGAACUACCUGCAUUGGAUACAGGAUACUAUAGAAAGGCAUGCGCAUAACAGUUCACAUACCUGAGGUGCAGCUCGGAGACAAUCCCAAUUCAUUCCCUACCCCUUGGCGCUUUGAUUAUCUGAAGGGUCUGGAUAGGUUCAAGCAGUUUAGUGGUGGCGCUUCUACCAUAUUGCUUACACACCUGCAAAGAUCAAAGGGUUAGGGACAAGGAACAAAUUGGGAGUGGCUGAUAAUGAACUCCAAGUCAAACCAUAGCCCCUAAACAAUUUAUGUCGAUUUUAAUUGCCCUCCGCAUUAAAAUUGCCUUCUGAGGAGGAAUUUAAACCAUAUAGGGUACAACUGUCCAAUCCAUUUAGCUCUACAGAAAUGCACAAGUUAUGGAAUGAGUUGCAUCAGGGGGUUCAGAUGAUAGUUCAGAGGAUACACUGCAACAGAGCGUUCAGAUAACUGCAUAUCAUGUCAGAACAUUGCUGAUAGAAAUGCAAUGAAUAGAGCUUCAACAAGUUAGUUACCUUAUUUCAUUUUAUUGUGAAUAACAUAUUACAAGUUAAAGAUUUGACCACAUACAAACUGUGCAUAUUGUUAAUCAGGUAUAAUUUGGUUCCCAGAGCACGUUCAGUUUCCUUGCCCCAUUAAAAACAAUGUACCCCCAAGUAA